UUUGACAUAACCAAAUCCAAGGAAUGUGCGAUAAUAGUGUUCGAAUGGGAACGAUAAUUCACAUAAGAGGAAAAAUUGGACUGGAUUAAUUUUUGUUUUUAAUUAUAUGUUCUACAAAUAGGAAGAUUGAGAGCCGAAAAAAUCUAGAAAAUGUUAUCUAGGUGUAUUUCACGUGGUCCGAUACAAUCGGGUCGAUUGUUUAAAUCGGUGAAUUUGUUCACCAGAGACCAUCAUGUUAUUGCUUGUGCUUCGACCUCUUCCACUGGCACAGAGAAACCCGCAAACAAAUCACAUAAAACAUUUUUAAAUAAAGUUGUUUUGAAUCGAAUAUCGGUGCCAUAUUUUGGAUCAAAACGAAACUUCAGCCUAACGCCCACCAUAUCGGCCAGUGCUGUGGCAACUGCAGAGACUAAUACAUCAUUACAAAUACCAGAUGUUCCAUCAACGCCUACUGCACCUCUUGAGGAAACUGUUGUACAAGCAUUAGCUGCAAAUGGUGAACCAACUUUCGCUUCACUUGGCUUAGGCGGUUACUCACCAAUUGGCCUUUUACAAAAUGCGUUGGAAUACUUACAUGUCUCCAUGGAUUUACCCUGGUAUGUCACAAUUGCAUUGAGUACAAUCAUAAUACGUACAAUUCUGACACCAGUAGUGGUUAUAACACAACGAAAUGCAGCGACGAUGCGUAAUGUGAUGCCGGAAAUGCAAGAAAUUCAAAAUAAAAUAACAGAAGCCCGUCAAAUGGGCAAUUCGGUUGAAUACGCCCAAUGUAACCAAGAGUUGAUGCAAUUGAUGAAAUCAAAGGGUUUCAAUCCAAUGAAAAAUAUGCUAGUACCAAUUGCUCAGGCGCCAAUAUUUAUCUCAUACUUUAUUGGUAUCAGACGAAUGGUAAAUGCACCCGUUGAAUCGAUGCAAACCGGAGGUGCUUUGUGGUUCACAGAUUUAACAAUGGCCGAUCCAUACUUUUUACUACCGUUAAUUACAUGCGGCACACUCGCGUUGACCAUUCACUUAGGCACAGAUGGUGCAAAUGUAUCUGGCCAGUCAAGUCCAAUCAUAAAUUAUAUUAUAAAGGGAAUACCAGUCAUUAUCUUCCCAUUCAUAAUGAAUUUCCCAUCCGCCAUGGUUGUUUAUUGGGCAUCGAGCAAUUUUUGCUCAUUAAUACAGGGCGCUAUCUUUAGAAUUCCAAGAGUGAGAACAUUUUUCAAUAUUCCACAACUUAUUAAAUACAAUUUGCCACCAAAAAAGAAACAAAGUGUGGUCCAAAAUGUUAAAGGAGCUUGGUCGAAUUUGAAAUUGUCCAGAGAAAUCGAAGAUCGUCGACGAUUAGAUCAAAUUAAUUUCGAAAAAGCUGGCACCGGACCAUUAGUACGCACCUAUAAAUUUGAUCCGACAAAAAUGAAAAAUUAAUUCAUUUCAAAUUGGACUUAUUAUAGUGUUAAAUAUUUUAAAAGCUAAACAAAAAAAAAUGAUUAAACGAAUAAAAUGUA